AUGCCGGGCCUCGAGAUGACUCUCAAGAGCGGCUCCGGCCAGGCUUGCGCCGCCUGCAAGCACCAGAGGCGGCGGUGCAACCCCGACUGCAUUCUCGCACCAUUCUUUCCUGCCGACCAGUCGAGAGUUUUCCAGAACGUUCACCGACUUUUCGGAGUCAAGCACGUGCAGAAUUUGCUCAAGAAUCUGGGCCCACACGAACAAGUCAUGGCCGUAAAGUCUAUUAAAUUCCACGCCGCCAUGCGAGAGAAGUACCCAGUUUACGGGUGCUUAGUCGAGAUACAAAACCUCGGCUAUCAAAUUCAAGUGGCCGAGGAGGAGCUUCAGGUUCUUCUCCAGCAGCUCGUCUAUUACCGUCAACAACAACAGCAACAACGCCAAGCUGGCGGCACGAAUGAUUAUAGUUACCCGUCAUCGCAAGUACAGUUAGGUAUUAUUAAUCCAUCAUCACAUGCCGGUUAUUUCAAUUGUGACCGGAAUUUGGAGGAGAAAGAGAAGAAUGAUGUUGAUUCUAAUUUGUUUAUUCAACAAAUGCGUAACUAUGACAACAUGAACAACGGUGAUUCUUCGGUUAUCGUGCAAUCUCAAACAACUACGAAUAUGCCUGUGCCUGUGACAGUCCCACAAGAAGAGAUGCAUUCAUUUUUUGACAACAUUGAUGAGACACAGUCAUAUAUAGGCUGCAAGGAAGUGUAUGAAUCCAGUUUGGAAUCACCAUUCAAAGAUUCAAAGCAUUCUACGGAGCUAAUGCCAGAGAAGGAACUCAAGAGUGCCGCAGCUUAUUUUAGCCUUACAAGCGUCCAUUAG